UGCCGAGAAGGGUCGGAAAAUGCCGAGUGACGCGGAAGGAAAACUCGCAUGGCAGGUGCACGCACGCGGAUUCAGAAUGCAGUGAGAUUCGGAAAUGCGAUGAGAGGGAAAACGCAUCAGCAAAUGGUCACCUCAGGGACACUGAUGGUUGUCAACCUAAUUCACUCUACUUGAGCUGAAUUGAACAAUCUCUGUAAGCUUGUACGAACUACCAAAUACAAGAGCUGAAAAGUGAUUUGGAGUUGUUCCCUGUGUCCCCUGUUGUUGAUUAAUGCUCUUUUCGAGUUAGAGGCAGAUACUGAUCCCACAUAACUCGACAGUUGACAACCAAAUGUGUAGCGGCGAAGACGAAAAGAUCAAAGGCUUAGAAAAGUCCAAAGACAAAGUGCUGCUGACACAUAGGAGUUAAGUGAAUCACAUUCAAAGCAAAAUGGCUGAAGAAGCAUUAGGGAAAACAGUUGAGCAACUGAAAAGGGAGAGAACCUCUGUAAAAAGCAGCUUCUCCAAGCAAGCCAACUUCCUCUGUAGAGAAGCACAUAGACUGAUAGAAUCAGAGCUCAAGGAAGAAUUCAGAAGGCUCUCUUCUGAAGCGAGAAGAGUUUUUGAAAGCAAUGAUGAUUAUAAGGCUGGAUUAUUGGCAGAGAUUGAAGCCGACCAAGAAGAUGGCGCACUAGCACUACUUUCGGUGCAGCAGGAAGCUGACCUAAAGAAAACUGUGGAGGACUGUAAUGCAAGGUUUAAUGAAGUCAAUAAAAUAGUGCAAGAUAAUCUCUGGAAAAGAUACGGGCAGGAUGACGUGUCGGCCGCAGUUUCUGAAGCAGAGAAAGCCUGCGAUCGCACAACUUCCAUACCUGUCGAUGGUGUUGGCUACGAAAUGCAACUGGAGCUCUUGAUGCGACUAGUGAAAGAAGCAGCAGGAGCUUUCUCAAACUGGGAAAGAUGGGCUCCCACAACUGAAAGAAAGGCUCUAGAGGGUCGUGUACGAAAACUGAAAGAGCGUAGUAACGAGCUUGAAGCGCGAAAAGCUGAAUUUGUCUGGGCACGAAGAGCUGCUGAGGAUGCACGAGCACCAAAAAUUAGUAUGAGGGAAAAACUGGAUGUAGGAGCACAUGCAGCACAGAUCAUGCCAGUGGUCAGAAUUAACCAACAAGUUUACCGACAUUUAGUGGCAAUAGAAGAGAUUUCUAUCGCUGGAAAAGGGACUGGGGAAGUCUCCAGAAGCAAGGUGAACCCACUGGGUCAGCUGAGGUUAAAAAGAUCUAGCUGGUGGACAGCAUUGAUGAGAAGAUCGCUAAGGAGCUCCGACUAUCUUCCUAUAACAGUGCUGCUGACAUAUUCAGGGUGUUAGAGAACCGGUAUGGUAACAAAUUAACAAUUGGCAUGGAAAUUGUCGAUGAGGUGGAAAAAAUCCCUGCAGUGAAAGGAAAUCAACCAAGAAGGGUUGUAGAAUUAAUUCAAAUGGUAGAAAAAGCCCUGGCAGAUCUCACGGAUCUCGGAAACGUUGGUGCUAUAAAAAAUCCGCUUGUAAUAAAAUUGAGAGCAAGUUACCAGACUUUGUGAAAAGAGACUGGCUUGUUUACAUGACAGAUCCUGCAAAUGGCAUAACACCAGAGAACCAUUUUGAUGCACUAUUAAAGUUCCUAAAGAAACAAGAAGAAAUUCUUGAAAGGCUUGAGCAAUUAAAAUUAUCAGAAAGAGCAGAAAAGCCAGAAAGAAGGAACUACGCUUUCACUAAAACGACAAAGAAGGCUUCUGUAGAGGGCGGGUGCAUCGUAUGUGGAUCAGAGAAACAUACGGGCAAGAUUUUCUUCUGUAAAAAAUUCAAAGAACUAAAACUAGCAGAGAAGUCGUCAAUUGUGAGAAGACUGGGAGCAUGCAAAAGGUGUUUAGGGUGUCACGACAAUGAGGAUGGGUGUAGAAAUAGCUAUCUGUGCAGGAACAAAGGUUGCAAAAGAGGAUCCUCCUCAGACCACCAUUAUUUCCUUUGUCCAAAACGUGAAUUCAAGAGUGUGAGUGAAGGGAAAUAUGUGAUUGAAGAUAGUAAGAAAGAGAAUAGACUGACAGGUGAGCAGGAAGAAUUCUUGGCCGAACUCUCUCCAGAACUGGCGGCGAAGUGCAAAAGAGCAUUCACUAACAAAGCUAAGAUGGUAAAUUGCUCUGAGAAAGGCCAGAAAGGAUUAUUGGGUGAAAGUGGACUGAAAGAGCUACCUGUUAUAAUGAUGCUGAUGGAGGUAACCACAAAUGCAGGACAGAAAGUUGGUGCUCUUAUCGACCUGGCAUCAGACACUAAUUACAUCACCCAUGAAGCUGCUGACAGGCUCAAGCUAAGAGGUGAGAAAAUUACCCUGGUGGUUCAUGGAGUUGGCAAGAUGGCCACUAGAGUAAGAACAAAAAGGUACCUUCUCAGGAUUAGGGUCAAAACUCCCAAAGGGACAGAGAAAGCUCACCAGUUGGUUUGCUACGGUUUGGAGGAGAUUGCCAAGGUCCACAGAAGCGUAAGUCCAGAGCAACUUAAAAAUUCUUUCCGGCGGUAAACCUGGUAGAAUUAAAAAGACCUGAAAAAAUUGAUCUUCUUAUCAGCCAUCGCGAAGGAAGACUCGCACCACAAAGAUUGAAUAUCGUGGGAGAUCUGGUCCUGUGGGACAGCCCGUUAGGAAAAACAGUGGCUGGAGCACACCCAGGCCUGUUUGAGACGGUGAAUAUAGCAGCGUAUGAGUCCAAGACGCAUUUUGCUCGGUCCAUGAGGACAGCUGCAGUCAAGUAUGAGGAAGUUCUCGAGAAGACAGACGCUCCUUGUAAAAUGAUCCGAGGGAGUAUAGAUCUUGGUGUUGAGACAAAAUUUUCACUGGCAAGUAAUCGAGAGUUUCUUGAUUGGUGGAAGUGGGAGAGUAUUGGAGCAGCCUGCGAACCAAAGUGUGGAGGUUGCCGCUGUGGGAACUGUCAACCUGGAGGGAAGUAGAUGACCUUGGCAGAAGAGAAGGAACUCGAGAUCAUAAGGGAAGGCCUCAUUUAUGUUAAGAAGGAUUCCCACAGCGGGUCUCCACACUGGGAUAUAAAGUAUCCAUGGAUUCAGGACCCAAUUACCCUUCCAUACAACAGAAGUGGAGUGGAAGCUGUUUUCUUGAGAACAGAGAAACAACUCAGAAUGGUGCCUGAGUGGCAGGGCAUUUAUGCAGCUCAAGUACAUGACAUGGUGGAAAGGGGGGCAGCAAAAAAGCUUACCAAGGAAGAGACUGAUAGUUGGAAAGGGGCCGUUUGGUAUGUAAGCCACCUGGUCGCCCCAAAUCCCCACUUAACUACUACUCCGGUGCGGCUUGUCUGGAAUAGUAGCCAAAAAUUCAAAGGACUGAGCAUGAAUGAUCUCCUGCUAAAGGGACCUGAUGUACUCAACCCAAUCAGGGCAGUCCUGAUUAGGUUCAGAAAGUCUUUGCUGCUCUUGGAGAUAUAAAAAAGAUGUAUAACUCUGUGUGGCUGGAGGAGCGUGAAGUGCACCUUCACAGAUUCCUCUGGAGAGACACUAAUGAAGAAGAGAUAGGCGAGUACGCUAUUACAAGGGUCAACAUCGGAGAUCGCCCUGCUGGAUGCAUUGCUCAGUUAGCUAUGCAUGAGACGGCAAGACUAACCAAGUUUGCUCAUUUAAAGGAGGAGCGCAGGGUCCUUGAGGAAGACAGUUAUGUGGAUGACAUCCUUACAUCCCACAAUGACCAGGAGAGACUGAGUGAGAUAAUAAAUGGACUUGAGGAGAUUCUAGCAGCUGGUGGAUUUGCACUCAAGCCUUGGGUUCGGUCGGGGCAAAGUGGGAGGCAAGAAGCUGGUGCACAAACUUGUAAUCCAGAGGGUUCUGUCUCUCAAGGUAAAACAAUCGUGCUCCCAAACCAGCUAAGGGACGAAGACAACAAGGCUUUAGGAACAGGAUACUUGGUAGAGGAGGACAAGCUCUAUAUCAUGGCUUCCAUUAACUUCUCAAAAAGGAAGAAAAAAAUGAGAAUGGGCCACGACCUCCUUAGAAGUGAAGUGAGACUGAAAACACCCAACCCUUUAACCAGAAGACAUCUGCUAAGCCAAGUUGCUGGGCUCUAUGAUCCAAUUGGUCUUGUCACACCUGCCAAACAAAAGGGUGCAAUUCUUGUCAGGAAAGCAUUUCAGGAAGCAGGAGGUGGUAGUUUAACCCAACAGACUUGGGACAAGGAACUUUCCACGAAUCUCAGGGAGGAAGCCAUCAAACUGUUUGAGGAGUAUGUGCAGCUUAGUGAACUUAAAUUUCACAGAAGCCCCACACCAGUUGGCUGGCAAGGAAAGCCCUGGGGGAUUACAUUUUCCGAUGGCAGUGACAAAUCUUAUGGGGCUGUGUUGUACCUAAGGUGGAACACGGAUCAACAGAUAGAAGUCAGGCUAGUCGAGUCCAAGGCCAAAUUAACGCCAUUAGACCAAAAGGGAGAUGCUGUGAAGGCAGAGAUCUGUGCUGCUGUGUUUGCUGUACGUCUCAGAAGGUAUUUUGAGAAGCAUGGCGGAUGGAAGUUGAGCGCUGGUUCCACCUGGUAG